UUCUGUUUGAUCUCUACACAUGGGAUUAGAGUGGUUGGCGAAUAUAGUAUCACAUAGAAAGGUAUUCACUUCCCUGACUGAAAUAAACCAAAUGACAGACUCCACACCAUCAAACAAGAACCUCCAUGGCAAGGUGGCCAUUAUCACCGGAGGUGCAAGUGGCAUGGGCGAGGCCACGGCACGCCACUUCGCCGCUCACGGCGCAAAAGCCAUCGUCAUCGCGGACGUCCAAGACGAGAAGGGCCAAACCGUCGCUCUAUCAAUCGGCUCCAACAUCUGCACCUACGUUCAUUGCGAUGUCACUGACGAGGAACAGGUUAAAACAUUGGUAGACACCACAGUCAAAGCGCACGGACGCUUGGACAUCAUGUUCAGCAACGCGGGCAUGGGGAGAGCGACUCACACGUGCGAGCAGAGCGUGUUGGACGUGGACUUGUCGGCUUACGACAAGGUCAUGGCGGUGAACGCACGUGGAAUGGUGGCGUGCGUGAAGCACGCAGCGAAGGCGAUGGUUGAAGGGCGCGUGAGGGGGAGCAUUGUUUGCACGGCGAGCGUGGCGGCAACUAUGGGCGGCGACAAGUUCGUGGACUACGUGAUGUCGAAGCAUGCGGUGCUGGGGUUGGUGAGGUCUGCGGGCUUGCAGCUGGGGGCUUAUGGGAUACGAGUGAAUUGUGUUUCACCAGGGGCUGUUGGGACACCACUGCUCAAAGACAUGUUUGGGGUUGAAGAUGAAGAGGCAGAAAAGGUGUACGAGUCGAGUGCCGUCUUGAAAGGUGGGGUGAUGGCACCCAGAAAUGUGGCCGACGUUGUGGUGUUUUUUGCUUCUGAGGAUUCCGAGUUUGUCACAGGGCAUGAUUUUAAGGUUGAUGGUGGGAAUAGCCUCAAAGUUAGCCAAUGAUCCAUUAAAAGCACACUUGUGUGAGUUGCACAACAAAGGUUUCAGCCUUUCAGGUAAAAUUGUGAAAUACGAUUUCAGCCCACAUAGUAGUGUGUACGAAAAAUAUGUAAUAAUCAUUAACUAAAUAAUAUUUCUGUAUAUUUGUAUAUCUUGUCCUCGUAAUUUUACUGGUAUGGUGCGUGGGCUCGUUUGUUGCUAUGUUGGUGACUGCAAAAUAGGCUGUAGUUGAAGAUGCAAUAAAGAGUUAAUUAACUUGAACUA